CGUGUCGGUACGGCGCAGGCGCGGUGCGGGGGGGGCCAUGUCGCGGUUCGGCGGCGGAGCCGGGGGCCUGGAGGCCGCGGAGGCGCGGGCGCGGUCCCGGCAGCAGGAGCGGCACUACCGGCUGCUGUCCGAGCUGCAGGCGCUCGUGAAGGCGCUGCCCAGCCCCUGCCAGCAGCGCCUCUCCUACACGACGCUGAGUGACCUGGCGCUGGCGCUGCUGGACGGGACCGUGUUCGAGAUCGUCCAGGGGCUGCUGGAGAUCCAGCACCUCACCGAGAAGAACCUGUACAGCCAGCGGCUGCAGCUGCACAGCGAGCACCGCGGGAUGAAGCAGGAGCUCUUCCACCGGCACAAGGAGGCGCAGCAGUGCUGCAGGCCCCACAACCUGCCGCUGCUCCGCGCUGCCCAGCAGCGGGAGAUGGAGGCUGUGGAGCAACGAAUUCGAGAGGAGCAACGGAUGAUGGAUGAGAAGAUAGUCCUGGAACUGGAUCAAAAAGUGAUAGACCAACAGAGCACUCUGGAGAAGGCUGGUGUGUCUGGCUUCUACAUCACCACUAACCCACAGGAGCUGACUUUACAGAUGAAUUUACUGGAGCUGAUUCGGAAGCUACAGCAGAAGGAAUCUGAGUCCGAGAAGGCUUUUUCCUGAACGAGCAAAUCUGCUGGUUUCUUCCUGGAGUUUUUUCUUAUUUCCCUCUAAUGAAUAGACUGUUCAUGUGUUUGCUUUUUACUGUGUCAGGAAAUCCUCUGGAUUUGAGGAGACAUUUUGAUGUCUCUGGUAAGGAAUGGGAGAGGUGAGGAGUUGGAGGCGGACUCGCCAUCCAUGGAUGGUUGGCAGCUGGGAAAAAUGUCCAAGUUUCUCUACAAGAAGAUGGUUGUGUGUGUGCUGAGGCACAAACAGCCCCUUGAACAGGUUCUUCCAAAGACACUGAGCAGGUAUCAGCAUCAUGGGAGAUUUUGGGAUUCUGCCCAGCAUUACUGGGCUGUGUUUGCAGUGUCCCACUCAAUUCGGGCAGCAGAGACAUCCUGAGGGCUUUCCCUUUUCCUUAAACCAGUUUCCAAAUGCAGAGAAAUAAAAUCAUUCUGUUCUGUC